UUUCUCUCUCUCUCUUUCUCUUUCUACUUUUAUAUGAUAUCUACUACUUGUUUUACUUUAGCCAAACAAGCAAUGAUUCAUAGAUGGAAUCAGCCAUUAUCCCGCUUAGUAUUACCAUAUACAACUAAACGCUUUUAUAAAUUAAGUGUUGGGUCUGUUAAAAAGGGACAAAUUGUACAAUAUAAAGAUAAAGCUUGGAAAGUAUUGACAAGAGACCAUGUAUCAACUGGUAGAGGCGGUGCUAUAGUUAAGGUACUGUUAGCGAACCCUUUAUUAUUAUUAUUAUAUAUAAAAGAAAAGAAUCAGUAUUAAAAAGAGUUGACAUAUAAAGAUGGAAUUACAAGAUAUCUUGUCAAAUGUCAAAGCAAAUGAGCGCUUUAAAUCUGGGGAUAGUUUAGAAAUCUUGAACUUGUCUGAAGAAGCAUAUCAAUACUUGUAUUCAGAAGGUAAUAAAGUGCAUUUAUUGAAUCUUGAAAGCUUUGAAGAAAUAGAGAUGGAUAUGUCAAGAUGUGAAGGAGGAGAACGAUCGGUUAAUAUGUUAGAAGAUUCGAUGCCUGUUACUGUCAGUUUCUUAACAACCCCUGAAAAUGGUAGACAGCCUUGCAUUUUCAAGUUGCCUUCAAAUUAUACAUUUACCGUUCAAUCCGUCAUUAAUCGUGCUGGACAAGCUGCAAAAGGCACUGUUUACAAAUCUGCCGUUUUAACAAAUGGUGCUAAACUUCAAGUACCUGAAUUUGUAAAUGAAGGUGAUAAGAUUGUAGUAGAUAUUGAAGCUAUGAAAUACGUUAAACGUGAAUUAUAA